AUGAGUGUUCUGCCGGUAAAUUCCCUCAAUAGAGAUGGUAAACCGGAAGUGCUGAAUGGUGAUUUACGUACAGAGAGUGAUGCUGGCGAUGUGAAUGACACAGCGCACCAAGCAACAGAUAAGAAAGAGGUAGCCGGUGAAGUGGAAGGGGAAAACGAGGCAAAACAAGGAAAAGAUAGUGAGAACGGAAAUUUAAGCACUCCGGGAAAAGAAAUGAACUCAGAUAGCUCAGAUGCUGAUGAAACUGUGGUGGAGAAUGGGACUUCCUGCCAGCCAGCAGACGGAAUUGAAGAUGGGAAGGAUGAGAAGGGUCACAAAGAUGAAGCUGACGAAGACAAGAAGUAUAAUGGUCAUGAUGAAGUGGAAGAAGAAGAUGAUGAUGAUGAUGAUGAAGAUGAGGAAGAUGAUGAGCCUCCAACAUUCAAAUACACUCGGCUCAAGGGUCUACCCGCCAACUUCUUCACGAACCAUCCAGUGUCCACUGCUACCUUCAAUGAGAAAGUAUUCUUAUUUGGAACCCAUACUGGUCUUAUACAUUUAGCCUUACCAGAUAUGACGCCGCUCCGAACAUUCAAGGGCCACAAUGCGUCUGUUCUUUCGCUUUAUACAGAUGGGACGUACUUUGCUAGUGGUUCAAUGGAUGGAACCAUCAUCAUUGGUUCUGUUGUUGAUGAAAAGGAUAUCGUCAAGUUUGACUUCAAAAGGCCCAUCCACGCAGUUGUGUUGGACAAAAACUACCUGAAAAGCAAGACUUUCGUUUACGGAGGAAUGAGCGAAGAAGUGACACUUUGUUCACGCAAUUGGCUCGAUCAACGCGUUGACACCGUAUUGGAGAGAAACAAGGGCCCAAUCGUGGGUAUCAACACUAUCGAUGAUCUUAUUUUCUGGAUGAAUGACAGUGGAAUCACAUUCUAUCACAUAAUGUCUCGUCAGGUUGUUACGGUGAUCGCUAAUCCGUCCGAUUCGUUCCGUAGUGAUCUCUACUGGCCCCGAGUAUCGUUUCCCGAAACGGACAGAGUGCUAAUUGCCUGGGGAAACUAUAUCUGGUCUUUGCGUGUAUCUAUUAAGGGUUCAUCCAACGGAGGUAAUGGCGCUGGAACGUCAAUUAAGAGUAGGUACUUUCCUCCAGCCCCGUCGCUUUCAUUCCGUGCAACCCAGGAUAAGAAGGUCGAAAUCGAACAUGUCUUCAAGGUGGAUUAUCUUAUAUCGGGCAUUGCAAGUUUCAAGGACGACUACUGGAUAGUUCUCGCAUACAACCAACCUGAAAAAGACGAAGAAACGGGAGAAUAUACGCCAGCCCAUCCCGACCUUAAGCUUCUCAGUUCUAUGGAUGGAACAACGAAAUACGAAGAAGAGAUCGGACUAGAAUCAGGCGAAAAUUUGGGCUUGAAUGACUACCAUUUGGGCCACUACAUUGGGAACACUGGUAAUCAAUACUUCAUCUUCAGUGCCAGAGCUGGAGUCAUCGCUGAGCAAGUUCAGCUCUCCGAUAGACUUCUGUGGUACUUGGAACAUGGCUUGUUUUAUAAGGCAUGGGAAAUGAGUCAGCAUAUAGUUCUGCCAGAAAAGCGUUUAGGAUUUGGAGUGAAGCACUUGGAUGAACUCGUGAAGAGAAAUGAUUGGGAGAGUGCGACGAAGUGGAUUAAAUCCCUUUUCAAUGUUGGCACACAGUUCCUUCCCACUGGGGAUGCUAAGAGCACGCUUGCAACCGGUACUUCCUCGGUUCUGAAAGAAGGGGAUAUGGAACUACUCGCUAAAGAAGUGAGCUCCCAGUGGAACAUGUGGAGCACAAUUUUCAUGAAAACCGGCCAUGUGGAAGAGUUGACGCUGGUGAUCCCGACGGAUCCCAGAUGGAACUUACCGAAGUCCACAUAUAGCGCUAUUCUUAAGUAUUGGCUUCGCAAGGACCAAUCUGAGAGAAUUUACGAGCUUCUAAAUGCCUGGGAGCUCGAAUUGUAUGAUUUGCAAGAAGUGACCUCCACCAUUGAGGAGAUUCUUGAAAAACAACCCAAUAAUGACAGAUUGCGUCGUCAAUUGUGCAAACUUUAUGAGAGGUCAUUUGAACCUUCUAAAGCUGUUUCACAUUUGGAAAAGCUCAAGGACCCAAAUAUCAUCUCAUUCUUGGCUUCGAAUCACAUUUUACUUGCAUUUAUGGCCGACCUCCCUAAAUUUGUCAUGCUUCGGUUUCCAAAUCGUCAUGACUUUGAGAGAUUACCCAUUGCGGAGAUCCAAAAGAAGCUUGAGGAUAUCACGAAGGUUUUGGUUGAGAGCAGGCACGAGAUUUCCCCCAAGAGCAUUUUGAAACUAAUGUUUGAGAACUCACUUGAUAUUGUUAAUUACUUCUAUUUGGAGGAGCUCCUUGAAAUUGACGAAUUAUUGGUGAAAGGCUUCGAGGAUGAUAUUAUCCGAUUGUACUCACAAUACAAUAGACCAAAGCUUCUACCAUUUUUGACGUCGAAUCAUAACUACCAGAUCUCUAAGGCUAUUGAGAUUUGUGAAUUGAAUGCAUUAGUGGAUGAGUUGGUGUUUUUGUUGAGUCAAGUCGGAGAAAAUAAGAAAGCUCUCACAUUAAUAUUGGAAGAGCUAGAAGACCCUCAGCGAGCCAUUGCUUUUGCAAAAAGACAAAACGAUCAAGAGAUUUGGAGCCUCGUUCUCGAGCAUUCGUUCUCCAGACCACUGUUUAUCAAGGCAUUAAUAGAGUCUGCCGACGAGAAAUCCAGUGCAUUUUACAAUCCUAUCACUAUUUUGCAAAAAAUGGAUUCGGAUCUCAAGAUUGAAGGCUUGAAAGAUUCUGUUACCGUUGUCACUCGUGAUAAUGAUAUGAAUGUCAUCGUGAACCAGAUCAUAUUCAACAUCGUUUCCAAGAGAUCACAAAGAAUGUCCCGAAAAGUGUAUUCUGACCAACUUCGAGGAGUGGAAGUCAAUGUGAAGGCUGCAGGGCUUACGGUCAAGUUCGACACCUUUCAAACCAUUGCAUUACGGAAAGCAGAAGGUGAUGGUAUCACGGUCGAGAGAUUGAAGGAUGAUGUGGUCAAGAAGCUGUACACUACAUUGAAACAUAAACUUGAGCAUGUUCAGAAACUUCGAGGCGAAAUUUCGUGA